GUCACUCAGGAGAUCCAUAUCAGGGUCCAUGUUCACUUCAUCACAGCUCUCCUUCGCCAUUUUGCCGUCAAUGGGGAGGGGCGGGGCCACUUACUGCAGUCGUUACGUACAGUGUAAACAGGAAGUAGCCCGUUAGGAAAGAAGAGCAGUUUGCUUAUAUUCCGACCUGAGAGUAAGCCAUGGGAAAAAGCUGCAAGGUGGUUGUUUGUGGCCAGGCUGCAGUGGGUAAAACGGCUGUACUGGAACAACUGCUGUAUGCCAACCAUGUUGCAGGUUCAGAGCCCAUGGAGACCCUGGAGGACAUCUACAUCGGCUCUAUAGAAACUGAUCGUGGCACAAGAGAGCAGGUGCGAUUCUAUGACACCCGCGGACUCAGGGAUGGGAUGGAGUUUCCUCGACAUUACUACACUUUUGCAGAUGGCUUUGUACUGGUCUACAGCAUUGACAGUAAAGAGUCCUUUAAGCGGAUGGAGGCCCUCAAGAAGGACAUUGACCGUCACAGAGACAAGAAAGAGGUGACCAUUGUUGUGCUGGGUAACAAGCUGGACAAGCAGGAUGAGAGGAGAGUGGACUCUAACAUGGUUCAGAACUGGGCAAAAAAUGAGAAGGUGCGUCUGUGGGAGGUGUCGGUGGUGGAACGCCGAACCCUGAUCGAACCCUUCGUCUACCUGGCCAGCAAAAUGACCCAGCCUCAGAGCAAGUCCACUUUCCCACUCAGUCGCAAUAAGAACAAGGGCAGUGGUUCCACAGACAGCUGAGUUAUCAGACACUGUUGUCACGUUAAAGAGAAGGGAACAAGGAAGAAGAAAUAGGUUAAAGGGAUCUUAGCUUGGCUGAAAAACUAUUUUGAUAAUAUGAAGGAUAAUUAGAUUAGGAGACUGAGAUGACAAAAAGGCAGGGUGAUUGUAUAAAUAUUUAUAUAGAGUGAGCACUGUUGGUAUCUUGGUGAAACACUUUUAUCAUAAAUUUGAAAAAACCGCUGAUCUUUUAUCAGCUAAGAAUUUUAUGAAAGCAAAUUGCUUUUGUUUUUCAACCCUCUUUUACUUGGUAUAUGGUCAAACUAUUCAUCCACAUUCUUUACAAUAACAGCUGUUGACAUCAGGAUUCAUGUUUUGGACCCACACUAUUUAGUUCCUAAACUACUGACAAUCAACAUGUAAUUUAUACUUAACCAGUCAAGCUCAGAGAAUCAUGGUGCCCACUGUAUAGAUACCGUAUGAUCGAGCACACAUGUACACUGGCUACUACACAGAUGUAAUCAAAAAGGCAGCAGUUAUCUAAUGUUACCUACUUAUUGAAUCACACAAAUGCUGAAUUUCACAUGUUGUAAAUGAUUUAAAGGUGAUUGAUUAUUGAUACAUGAUUGAUGUACAGUAACUGUGCUGUUUGUUGAUCUGGAGAUUUGUUACACUAUAUUUGUUAUUUGCUGAAAUUCACUGUUGGAUGCAGUUGAUUGAAUGUUUGACAUUCCUCACCACAUAUUGCCUUCUCUACAGGCUUUAGAAAUGUAAAUAUCAUGAUAAACAUUGUUUGAAUGAAAGGUGGUUUCUGCAGGCU